AGCAAAAUCGCUGAGCGACAAAGUAUCUUGAUAAAAAUGAAUUUCUUCAACCCAUUUUCCCGGCAAGGAGCUCAAUGGACGUUUGUGGGCCGUACAUCGUCAUUUCCUGAUGUAGACGAUGAUGCAGGCAACUUGGCAAAACACCGCUUGUGUAACGCAAAAUCAAUACCAGGCUGCAAAGCCUUUCACAUACCGCAGGAGGAUGUAUCCUCGUCAAAAGAAGUUCCUGUUGGCGAUGAUUCCUCAUGGGAAUCACUUGCUGAUCAGGUGCUUGUGUUUCAAUACAAAGGCAAAUUUCAUGCAAUCGACCAUUCAUGCCCGCAUAGCCAAUACCCUCUUUCAAAAGGGACACCGUUCGACAUUGAAGACUUUGGCGUUGUACUUAGCGCUGGAGUACUGUGUCCAAAUCACGGCUGGUCCUUUGAUUUGUUCACAGGCAUGUCAGAUCGAGGCAGUUACAGACUCAAGACCUGGGAGGUCGAAAUCAGGGAUAUAAAAGAAACGGAAUCCACCGAUAUAAACGAGAGAGAGAAAUUAUCGACCGAUAAAGAGGUUUGGGUGAGGAGGAAGCAAAGGAUAGGUUGAAACAAUAGCAUGGGGUUUUUCACGGCAAACGCCUAUGAAGGGAGAUUGGCCAACAGCUAUUGGCGAACUCAAUACCUGGCAACCAACCCGAUACUCUGGCCAUGAAUCACUACAGAACUUAGAAAGCCUGGGACAGCACCUAGUUAAAACGCCAGAUGCACAGGGCGUUGCACUAUCUACCUUGACCUCAAGAUACGAAGGAUAUACAAUACCAAU